UUGUUGCACUCUUUUCUAGACCAUGGCGUCAGCAAUGAUCAACAACAACGUGGGCGGCAAGACAGGUGUAAGUGGUCUCUUCGCUCCCAGAAAGAAGGACGACUCGCUGCACGACCAUGUUAGGGUUCUAAUGCAGCGACAGAAGAACAACUUCUUCAAGGGUAUGGACGACGAGAAUCUGCGACGUCUUCCAGAGCACGUCAGGCCCCGUAUGCCGGUGACAGACGACGUCUACCGGACAUACGUCACAAAAAGUGUCCGCUCUCGCUGCAGUAAGCUUGUAUAUGCUUAUGAAGCAGUUGAGCCAUGGGGGGCUGAGUUCCGGGAGAAGCUGGACAAGUCCAAAGGAGACGGUGGCUUCGGCACAUUGGAGGCAACCUUCAUGGAAGCGGAGCGGCUUUGGCGUGAGUAUAGCCCGGCUUAUAAGCGCUGCCGGGCGGUAGUAAAGCCGGGCAAGCUGCCGGACGGCCGCCGCAACAUAAGGCGAACACGGCUGCCGGAGGACAACGAGACCACCUACAGGAAGCGUCUACGGGAGACGAGAGAAACUGAGGCGGCUAACAACGAAGAGCGGGCUGUUGAAGAUCGGCACAUCGACCAGUCGAUCAUCCUGUGGCAGACGCUAAGACCUGUCAUACAUGCCCUCGGCAAGAGGCUCUCUAAGAGAGGUGCGGCGACUAGAGAGCUUCAAGACGAGGGUGUGAGGCAGGAAAUAGCCAGCCACUUGGAUGGUUAUUCUCCACCACGCGACUCCAUCUCCGCACUGCUGGAUCGUGUCAUGCUGGAGUUUCAGCGUGAGAUCCUCAGCUCAGCUCAGAACUGACAACGCAAGCGACCUCAACGAAACCCCGGCCCUUUUCAGGGCCACCCAAGAAUCCCAAAAGGGCUAUAUCGUAAUCACAAAAUCACGACCACAAAUAAAUGCAAUAUCUCAAAAAUUGAGUCAGUUUUUAUUCUAGUUUAUAGUAUUAUAGACCAAUACUACUGGAUUGAUAAAAAAGCGCACGGAUAAAAAAGAAUCACAAAAGGGGUAUAUCGUAAUCACAAAAUCACGACCACAAAUAAAUGCAAUAUCUCAAAAAUUGAGUCAGUUUUUAUUCAAGUAUCUAGUAUUAUAGACC